GACCUUCCAAAAAUGCCCCUACACCAGCUCCUCACCCUAUUCUCUCAUAUACACAUCAAAUAUAGACCAUACAAACAAUGAAACAUCCAUGAACAACUCUCAAAAUUACAUUCGUCCAAAUUGCAUCAAAACAUUCUUUCAAAAAAUUGAAGCAAAAAAAAUACGGAGUAAUAGUAGUAGCUUAAACAACAUUGGCAACAGAAGUACAUCAUUCAAGAUCUGAAAUUUCAUCACCCAUUCCGUAGAUCUUCAAGUCUAACAUGAACACAAGACCCAAAACUCUUCAAGAUCUGGAAAUUUAUGAAGGCCACAAAUUAACAUACGAAAAUAGAAAAAAUAUUUGUUGAUGAAACCAUCAAAACACAAUCUAAAUAACGAAAAAAACCCUAUAUCUUAAAUGAACAUAAGAUCGAAAUAAUAAAAUCAAGGAAUACUCAAACAACAUACCUGGACGGAGGACGAAACACACCCCGAUGAAACCAAAAUCUAAAAAACAAACCUGGACAAAAUCAAAAUUGAAAAAACAUACCUGGUUGGAAUCCAAAAAUUAUAAUCAGGUGAGAAAAGGGGAGAAGAGUAAUGAACCACGCGUUGACGGUGGGCGAUUGAAUUGAGGAGAAGAUGAGUGUGAAAAGAGAUAGAGGAAGGCCAUUGAUAGAAGGAUGCGUAAAAAAAGUAGUGGAAGAGGGAUAAUGGAUGGUGGGAGUAAAAGUAGUACGGCGGAAGAGAGAUAAUGGAUGGUGGGAGUGAAUGGGCGAGGAGAUAAGAUUGAGAUAAGGGAAGGAACAGAUUCCAAAAAAAAAAAAAACACAAAAUGUGCCGCCACUGUUCACUCCCACAUUCUCUCCUCCUCCUCCUCCUCCUCCCCCCAAUCUUCUUCUCAUCCCCUUCAGCCUCUUCCCCGGCCGCCACCAAUCACCGUCCUCACCCACCAAACACGACGGAUGACGGCGGCGAUCCCCGUCACGAGCUCCAGCUCCUGUUCAAUAUCAUGGACUCCCUCUCCUCCGACUCCAACUGGAGAAUCUCCCACCCCAACCCCUGUUCUUCUCCCCCUUCCUCUUCCUGGACCGGGAUCGAAUGCAAAUCCGGCCACGUCACCCGUCUUGACUUCGGAACCCGCCCGAACCCGACUUGCAAAACCGCAGCCACUUUCCCUCCCGAGAUCUUCCUCCUCCCUCACCUCCAAUCCCUCUUUUUCCUCCGCUGUUUCACCCGAAACCCGACCCGAAUCCUUCUCCCGAAUUCCGGCGACAAGAUCAUCAGUCCCCUGCAACAGUUGAGCCUCCGGUCGAAUCCCGCGCUCGCCGGCCCCGUCCCUCCCCAAAUCUCUUCCCUGAAAUCCCUUCGGAUCCUCACACUCUCCCAGAACGGCCUGACCGGCCGGAUUCCGCCGCCAAUCUUCUCCCUCGCCGCUCUCCUUCACCUCGACUUGAGCUACAACUUCUUCUCCGGGCCCAUUCCUACUGAACUGGGGAACCUGAGGAGCCUCGUCGGUCUUGAUCUGAGCUACAAUAAACUCUGGGGUUCGAUCCCGGAGACCGUCGGGCGUCUCGGGAUGCUCCAGAAGAUCGAUUUGAGCUCGAAUGAGCUCACCGGGAGCAUCCCUAGAUCCAUUCAAGAACUGCACUCUCUGGUUUUCAUAGCUCUGAGCAAUAACAGACUCUCCGGGAAGUUCCCGGAGGGGCUCUGGAGAUUGCAGGGGCUACAGUACUUCAUCAUGGACGACAAUCCCAUGUUCGUCUCGCUCCCGGCGGAGUUCGGGAAGCUCCAGAGGCUCCAAGAACUGAGACUGGCCAAUUCCGGGUACUCCGGCUCCAUACCCACAGCCUAUUCCCAGCUCAACAACUUGACCACACUGUCACUCCAGAACAACCGGCUGGGCGGCGAGAUUCCGCCGGAAUUGGCGAAUCUGUCGCACAUAUACCACCUGAAUCUGAGCAGAAACAUGCUGGGCGGGGUUGUCCCUUUCAAUUCCAGUUUUUUGAAGAGGCUGGGGAGGAAUUUGGAUCUCAGUGGGAAUGCAGGGCUGUGCUUCAGCUCAUCAUCUUCAGGGUACGAAAAUGGAGUCUUCUCUGGAAUCGGCAUUUGCGGGAGGAACAAAACUGGGUUCAACUUGUUGAAGAAAUCCGGUGAUUCGUCGGAGUUGAGAAAACCGUUCUUUUCCAUUGCUGGUUUCGGUAUUGUUUUAGGAAUGCUUCAUUUCUUCUUGUUUGUUUAUUACUGAUUAUUGAAUGAUUCUUUCACUAAUAUUUUCUCUGUUUUUCUUCUUCUAAUCCUUCUUAAUAUUACUCCUGGUGGUUUUUUAUCUGCUGGUUUUGGUGUUUUUUUUCGGGGGGGUCGUGUUCUUGAUUGUUUGGGACUAAACACUGUUUAAAUUG